GCGAAAGAAGAAGAGAAAGGAGGACUGUCCUUUCAAACUCUCACUACCUGUGAAUGACUUCCUGAGCCUCGCAACGACAAAACCUUGCGCGUUUCUCUUGGAUUAUAAACACCAGAUUUCUGUUUCAUUAAAAGAUCAAUCAUGCGUGUUGUUCUUUUGACUGCGUGGGUUCUGUUCCUGCUUGUGAAGAAAGGUACGGCAGGCAGAACCAAAAGGGAGCUGGCCAGCCCUCUGCAUGCUGCCGGCAUCAGGGACCCACAUGGCUCCUACUGCGAGAGGAGAGGAGGUUGCUGCCCUGGCAGAGAUGACCUUUGCACUGUGCCCUACCUGGACACAAUCUGCUAUUGUGACUUGUUCUGCAACCGAACCAUCUCUGACUGCUGCCCGGACUUCUGGGGUCACUGUCUGGGCAUUGAGCCCCCAUUCAUUGGUACCUGUGAAAGAAAUGGAAACAAGUUUUAUACAGGGCAAACAUACAAAGAAAACUGCAAUUUAUGUACAUGUGGGUCUUCAGGACGCUGGCAGUGUGAGCAGAAUGCAUGUCUGAUUGAAGCUGACGUCAUCCAUGCUGUCAACCGAGGAAACUACGGAUGGAAGGCGGCUAACUACAGUCAGUUCUUUGGCAUGACUUUGGAAGAAGGUAUCCGCUUCAGGCUGGGCACACAAAGACCUUCCAGCACUAUCAUGAAGAUGAAUGAAAUUCAGAUGAACAUGGAUCCUCAGAAUGACCAUCUGCCGCUCCACUUCAAUUCAGUGGAGAAGUGGCCUGGAAAGAUUCACGAACCGCUGGAUCAGGGCAACUGUGCCGCCUCAUGGGCAUUUUCAACUGCAGCUGUGGCAUCAGACCGAAUCUCCAUUCAGUCCAUGGGUCACAUGACUCCUCAGCUGUCGCCCCAAAAUCUUAUUUCCUGUGACACCCGUAACCAAGGAGGCUGCGCAGGAGGGCGUGUAGAUGGAGCCUGGUGGUACCUACGGCGCCGUGGAGUUGUGACAGAGGACUGUUACCCAUACCAUCCUCCCCAGCAAACCCCAGCAGAGGUGGGGCGCUGCAUGAUGCAGAGUCGCUCAGUGGGACGGGGCAAGAGGCAAGCCACACAGCGUUGUCCCAACACACAGAACUACAACAAUGACAUCUACCAGUCCACACCACCCUACAGGCUCUCAUCCAAUGAAAAGGAAAUUAUGAAGGAGAUCAUGGAUAAUGGCCCUGUUCAAGCUAUUAUGGAGGUUCACGAGGACUUCUUCGUCUACAAGAGUGGGAUCUACAAACAUACUGAUGUCAGCAAUGCCAAACAGCCACAGUACCGCAAACAUGGCACACACUCAGUCAGGAUCCUUGGGUGGGGAGAGGACAGAGACUACAAUGGGACACCAAGGAAAUAUUGGAUCGCUGCCAACUCCUGGGGAAAGAACUGGGGGGAGGAUGGCUACUUCCGUAUCGCUCGAGGAGACAAUGAGUGCGAGAUUGAAACAUUUGUGAUCAGCGCGUGGGGCAGAAUCACCAUGGAAGACAUGCGCAAUCAUCACCACCAUCAUCGCCGCAGGCACAUUUAAA